AAUAAUAUUGACUUUGCACAUACUAUACUACGUUUGACUCGUGACCCCCAGAUUUCCCGUGAGUCCUUGCGGCUGGGUGGGCGCGCGUCCGUGUUGUUAGCCAAGAUGCCGUCGGAGGACAACAAAACAGCAGCUGCCGUCGUUCAAAAUGUUCCCGAAAAACCCUUCCACUACAUGUAUUUGAAGGAGUUCAGAACGCAGCAGUGUCAGGACUUUCUCCAGCACAAGUGUCAACAACAUCGGCCCUUUACCUGUUUCCACUGGCAUUUUAUGAACCAGAGGCGACGAAGACCGAUCAGGAGAAGAGACGGGACCUUCAACUAUAGCCCAGAUAUCUACUGUGACAAAUUUGACGAGCAGUCAGGCAUCUGUCCCAACGGAGACGAUUGCCCCUAUUUACACCGUACUGCCGGGGACACAGAACGAAGAUAUCACCUACGCUACUACAAAACCAGUACCUGCGUACAUGAGACAGAUAGUAGAGGCUACUGUGUGAAAAACGGGCCCCACUGUGCUUUUGCACACGGCCCGCACGACCUCCGGCCUGCGGUCUACGAUAUCCGCGAGCUGCAGGCUCAGCAGCAGACACCGGGGAAUAAUCCCUCCGACACGAAUGGGCUCUCCCUGCCGGAGAAACAAGAAAAGAAUAUGAUAGUUAAUGAAGACCCAAAGUGGAAUGAUACCAACUUUGUUUUAGCAAAUUACAAGACAGAAUCAUGCAAACGACCGCCCAGGCUCUGUCGACAGGGGUAUGCCUGCCCACAGUACCACAAUUCCAGAGAUCGCAGGAGAAGUCCUCGCAAGUUUAAGUAUAGGUCCACACCCUGUCCUAAUGUGAAGCAUGGUGAUGAGUGGGGGGAUCCAUCUCUGUGUGAGAAUGGGGACAACUGUCAGUAUUGUCACACUAGGACAGAGCAGCAAUUCCACCCAGAGAUUUACAAGUCUACCAAAUGUAACGACAUGCAGCAGACAAAUUAUUGUCCACGUGGACCAUUUUGUGCCUUUGCACAUGUUGAACGAGACUACAUGUACUUGCUGGACUCGUCCCCCUUUCAAGAAGACAACACAGCCGGCUCCUCUACUGGCCUGGAUGAUAUCCCCAUCCCCUCGUCUGCCCCUCCCCUCCCCAUAGGCACACCUGCACAGGUGUCACAGAUGUGGUCCCUCAAUAACCACCUCCCACUAGUACACAGGCCAACACUACGUCUGCAGGUGCCAAUCUCAGCCCCUGUGUCGGGCGUGUUCAGCUCCAUCAGUGAGUCUCUGACCCCGCCCAGCCUGAACCCUAUCAGUAAACCCCGUUCCCAGAGUUCCUCCACCAGCAGUAGCUUCUCGUCCGACACCGGGCUGGGGUCAGGGUCAACGUACCAGAAGGCACCAGGGUCGGAGAGGGAAGACAGUCAGUUAUGGACCAAUCCGUUCCAUUUCCAGGCCCAGCUGAAGAAGCAGCUGCAGCUGAUUGACAGCGACCCGAGCCUGGAUGAACAGGAGAAGCUCAGGAGGAAGCAAAACCUCCUGGGGACCGCCACGGCAGUCGUGACGUCAGUCCACAAUUCAGGACCUCUGUCUAGUUCUUUAUCAUCCAUGACCACCAUGGUCACGUCAUCAACGUUAACACCAACAGCUAGGCCUUUUUAUCCUGCCUCUGAUACCGUGGAGUCUGUUGUAGGUUCUGCUCUAGAGGACAUGAACUUGGAUGAUUUUGAUGUUGGGUCAGCAAUAGAUAAAGAACUGGACAACGAGUCAGGCUCUGCAGCCAGCUCCAGUACAGGACUAGGGCUAGAUUUUAUGGGGUCCAACUCCUUAUCAAAUUCCUUGAGUCAAGGCAUUUUGAGCGGGGCCGGCUCCACCCCUGUUAGCAUCCCAGGGUCUUUAGGAGCGUCAUCCACACAUUCCCAGUCACCCCCCUCCCCACUAGGACAGCUGCCCCCUGCCUUUGUACCACAGCACAUCCAGCAGCAACAGCACCAACAGCAGCAAAUAGAACAGGCAGCAGCAGCCUUCCUUAGCCAGCCUGCCCCUGAGAUGAGGUCACUAGGGUUCAUGGACCUGGGCUCACAGAACUUCUCAACACGAGGGCCUCACUCCCCCCUGCUGUCAGUCGGGGGCAGCCACUCCACAUUCUCAUCUACCAAUUCUACCAACAGCGAGGUGCAGAGGCUACAGGACGAGCUCAACGCGUGUAGAACAAAACUCCAGUCCUGGGAGGAGUCCUGGCAGCAGGCUAAACAGGCAUGCGAUGCAUGGAAGAAGGAGGCAUCUGAAUAUGCAGAAAAGGCCAAAGCUGCAGAAAAAGAAAAGUUACAGGCAAUAGUGGAAAGAGAUGAGGUUAGAAACCAAGCAGAAGUGCUGAGAAAAGACAUAGAAAAUUUGAGUGGCGGGCCACAUCUACACGUUUUGCAAAAGCUGUCCGACAUGGAGAAGCUUCCCCUUACAACAUUGAGAAGUUAUCAGCAACAACUGAGGCAAGAUCUGGAGAGAUUAGACAAGGUUAUUUACCAGCUUCAGGCGAUGAAGUGCUUGAUAUGUCAGGAGAGGAAUCGCUGUGUGGCCGUCAUGCCCUGCAAUCACUACGUCAUGUGCGAGAUCUGUGCUCCGGUACAGAAGGAAUGCCCCUAUUGUCACCUUCAAAUACAACAAAGGUCCACUGUCGUACUGCCUCAAGUACCCACAUUAUGAGCCAACUGCUCUUAGCAAAAUUUUACCUGUUGUAACUCGUGCUCCUGUUUCACCAGCCUUUUCCCCAACUUCUGCCAACAUUGCCGUAGUGUAUAUGAGAAGCUGAUCUAAUCUGCAUAGUGCCUACAUUGUAACUAUAUAGAAGGAAAUCAUCUACAUAACCCACUGUCUUUUGUGGGAGAAAUUCAUAUUAGCUGCAUUCCAUUAUUUUUGAGUCUAUACCUGCAAGAUAGUAGUGGUUUUAAUGGAUAAUGUUGUUGCCAUGUGCAUGUGUGUUUUAGUUCAAAGCAUAGGCUUGUAGGGACAUAUCAGUUUUAGUUUGUUGUCAGUCGGUGGACACUUUUGUGGUAGUAUUGCUAAUAGUGCAACAUAAAUCAUGUUGUAGAAGAGGGAAAAGGCUGGAGAUACAUCCUUACACCUGUGCUGUCUUGGCUAGCCUGGCUAGGUCUGCCUCAUUGAUGAAUCAUUGUGUCAUACUUUCAUACAAAAUGAUCUAUCAUUUGUAACAGAACAAUUGGAGUCAGUCUGUUUCAGACAUCUGUUUGUCAGACAGGCAAAGAGAGCUUGAGGGAAGACUAGAAACACUCAGCCAAGACAGUACCAAAAUUGUAAUUGUCAAAUGUGGUGUCUUCUUAUCUAUGGAGCAAAUGUUGAAAAUCUCAUGCCAAAUUUGUCACACCAAGCCACCAGUGUUAAUUGAACAGAAUGCAUUCUCUACUGCUUUUUUUGGAUAAAGAAAAAAUGUAGGAGUGGUGACCAUUGUCAGAAGGCUGUCCAUAUUUAAACAGUUAUGAUGUUGGUAUUAGACUUUGAAACAUACAUCAGCAUAAUAUUUCAGUUCUAUCUACAAUAUACUGCCUUUAAGAAUUAUGGUCUAAUUUAUGAGCGGUAUUUUCACCAUGCAUUUGCUAUUCCCAGACCUUAGAAAUUUGUUUGCAAUUUUAUUUAUUCUAGUAGUUUUUAACGUGUUGUGUGUGUGACAUUGGGGUUCCUUGCUUGUGUAUGUUAUCCUCCAAUUCUUCUCUCUUCUGUUUACCAUAAAGCAACACUUGCAUGUUAUCUUUCUUGGGUGAAAAACCCAAACCCAAGCUAGUCAGACUAUACUGUUUCACAUACUGAGUUAGACAUUGUAGAACAUACUCACCUGGAGCUAGCUGUUUUUGCUACAGAUAUCUAUGAAUAAGAAACCACAUGUUUAUGUAUUUGAAGCAUGUUGAAGUUUGCUGGAGGCAAUCCAAUCAUGUCUGCUUCAACCAGAAUUGUUUUUCUCUUGAAAGAAGCUUCGAGCUGAAGAUUACGACUACUCGUACCAAAGAAAUGUUUUUCUUCAGAGAAUACCUGAAGCUGUGUCACAUCAAAGUAUUAAGGUGUUCACCUGGAGUACUGUGCAAACUUCUCAAUGAUGGUUGGAAAGAAAAAUGAUUUGAUGGUGAGUUGUAACAGUUAGAUAUUCAGAGAUAUCUAUAUUUGCCCUUGUGUAGCCUUACAUUUGUUAGGUAAUGCUUCAUUUACACAGUCCUUUGGUUAGCAUCUUUGUAGCUAAGAACAAGAGGCUACAUAAAUUAAUUGAUUGGAGAUACACUUAGAUACAUGUCCGUAGGACAUCUGAGUAGCAAAAGUUUACUCACUGCUUGGGAAUAAGAUAUACUGAUUAGCUGUAGGCUGCAUAAUUAGUAGACAACUUUUCAUGGUGAAAUGAAUUUUUUCAGAUGAAAAACCUACUGUAUAGCUUAUGUAUUAUGUCUAUGUUUAAAGGCACAUUGCAUUUUUUAUCACUGUGAAACACUUUCAUCUCUUCUAAGAUUUUUUUUUCAAUCAGUCUUUACAUCUUGAAAGCAUGGAACCCCUUUAUAUUGUCUUUAAAGCUUACAGAAGGUGCAUUUAAUCUUUUUGACUCCAUACCAACUGCAGAGAUAUUGCACCAUCUCAAAGAUAGAUGCUCUAGAGCUCUGUACAUGUUUUGCAUUUGUGUGUAGGAAAUUGUCUGGACCUGAGUCAAAUGGGCUCUAUCAUGCAAUUAGAUGUAGAAGAAACAAAAAACACUCUAGGCUGUUUUCCUUUUAUUAAAGUGACAUAUUGUAAGAUAGGUAUGGUGACAUAACCAGGGAAUCAGAAUUUCCAGAUGAAAUGAGAUAGGCUUGGUAACCUGGUAGACAAGACAGCUUGUUUUUGCUCUUGAAGUGGAAAGACUGUCCAAGCCAGUUGCAGAUAAGGAAUAAUGUCAUGAAGAUGGUAGAAAGGAACUGCUUUUAUAACUUUGGAUGGCUUACUAUAGACAUGCCUCACACACUAUGAACUGUUUUUGUAAGUUAAAGAUGCCUAAAUCAAUAAAAUUAUCCUUUGUAGGUUCUAAUAUUUCAAACUA